CUUGGUAAAAUAUUCAGUUUAUCAAACUUCUCUCGAGUCCAAUUCAUACUUACCCUCUCUGCCUUCAUGCAAAUCAUUAACUAUCCAUGGUUUUUUUCCAAUGAAAACUAGUACUCACCACACACACCAGUCACCACCAUCCCUUUCUAGAUAGCUGAUAAAGUCAAUAUCCAAAAGACAGACAAGCUACCCAUUUCAUAUUUCAACUUGAACUUCCAUCUUAGGCUUGAUCGUUAAUUCACUAGGCUCAUACCCUAUACUAUGAGAUCUUUGAGAGUGAUCCUCAUCACCAUAGAAAAGUAGAAAAUACAACCUUCAAUUUGUCUUGCUUUUGACUUUUGAAUCAGGCAAGGCUCCAAUAUAUUAGGAGAUACUACUCUGAGUGCUGAAUCCAACAUUCUUCAAGCAUUUUCCAUCCUUUUCUCCGUUGUUUGUUGAUUUCUUUAGAUCUAAAGUUUUGUGUUGAAGUUACAAAGAUGAGUGACAAAAGUAAUGAGAUGAUGCUUGGAUUAGAUCACAAGCCUCUGAUUAUGAAUGAGAUAAUCCAAGCAAGAGAGUUAGUAAAGGAGCUACAAACUCAGCUUAACCCUAUUUCAUCUUCUUCUCGGAAAGUGCUAAUAACAAGGAUCUUAUCUUCCUUUGAAACUUCCCUUUCGAUGCUAGAUCGAGUCAAGUUGGAAAAUGAAUCAGGUCAUGUCACUGGAAGAUCUAUAAGCGAUUGUGAGUCGGAUCUCUCCGGAGAUGGUUCAAGAAAGAGAUGUCGGAAAAAGUUGACGCGAUGGACGCAAAAGGUGCGAGUUUGUGAGCAAACAGGGCUCGAAGGACCCAUAGAUGAUGGAUAUAGUUGGAGAAAAUAUGGACAGAAAGACAUCCUUGGUGCUAAGUACCCUAGAGGUUAUUACAAGUGUACUUUUCAAAAAAAUCAAGGUUGUUCGGCAAUGAAACAAGUUCAACGAUCCGAAUUAGACUCGUCUAUCUUCAAUGUUACAUAUAUAGGAAGACAUAGUUGUGUUGAAGGCUCAGAGUUAGUAUCACCAGAGAAAUGUUCACCAAUUAAGCAAGAAGCCAACAACCAUAUUAAUAAUCAAGAGUCAAGGGAGAAAAAAUCGCCACAAGAGACAUUUAUAAGCUUUCAAACGUCUAGUUACCAUCGAGUUGUGAAAGAGGAGAAAGAUUUUGGAAACCAUAAAGAACUCGAUUCGUUUCCUUCUUUCUCUUUCCCACCUUUGAAAGUUGAGAACCACUUCUUUGAAACUACUAGCACUAAUUCUUCUCCUACGUAUAUCAGUACCCCGACAACUGCAGAGUCGAAGUCGAACUACAAUCUUGAAGGUAGAAGUGGUGAACAGAACACAUUUGAAAAUACUGCUGAUUCUCAUGACUCUAAAAUAGAUGAAAUGAUCGUUUCAUCACCAGAAGCCCAUGCAAUUUCCGCUGCAAAUGAUUCUCCCACGACUCUAGACUCAUGUUGGGAUUGGGAUUUCCUCGUAGAUUAUAGUCCUUCACAUUUCCUAUAAUAUUGAUCCUCUUCACAUCUUCCUUUCUAGUUAUGUGUAUUAAAAGUAGAUUCUCCCACGACUCUAGACUCAUGUUGGGAUCUGGGUUUCCUAGUAGAUUAUAGUCCUCCACAUUUCCUGUGAUAUUGAUCGUCUUCCUGUCUUACUUUCUAGUAAUGUGC